UUCCAUCCAGAAAUAUUCAGUACCCUUUUAUUUGUAGUUUAACUGUUACUUAUACAUGUAUCGCUUGAGUACUCGUUAUUGUAAAGUAACAGUACUUUUUACCUGCAUACAAUUUUUAGCCUCUUCACCUCUGACUUAAUGAGAAGAUGCCUCUGAUUAUGGCUUCACCCUCUCCUGCUAACAGCAGUGAAGCAUCUAUAAUUAUACUAAAGAGUGUACUUAGGGAUAUUAAGGGUUUCAUAUUGGGUUACAAACAUGUGUCUGAAACACAGGAGCAAGUCUUUGACCGGGUUACUUCAUGAAACUACCUGUCGUACUUGUUGCACUGGAAGUAUUGUAAUUGUGCUGAAGGCUAUUUGUCUUAAACCAUUCCAUGUUUUCCAACCUUGUUUUUAUUGUGUCACAGUCUGUUUUAUUAUCACACAUCAGAGACUGCAUGCUUCUAGGCUAAACAUUUCAGGCCUUUAUAUUGCUAUUAGAUAAUCUUGGCACCUUGUGAGAAUUAAGAAAUGACUGUCUUGUUGUGUCACAGUCUAAUUCCUGUGUUAACAAUACUGACUUUGUGCUAAAUUAAGCUAUGCCCAUUAUACAGGAGCUCAAAUGUUUUUAAUUGCCACUUGUGGUGGGCUACUUUUGUCUCAGCCAUCUUUCAUCUUCACAACCCACCCAGUGUUUUAUUGUUGUGGCCAUAAUAAUGAAGAGGACAAGCUGCACGGAGCUGACCAAUCAGAAUGAGAGGAGCUGUAGAUUGACAGCAGCUCUGGCCAAUAGCAUCGCUGGAGGAAAGGUGUUUAUACCAGCCCCCUUUCCCGUACAAGGCGACUGUUUUGUGCCUGUGGACAUCAUGGUUUGGGAGGUGGUGACCCCAGCUGUGCUGUCCAACGACCCCAAACAUCAGAGCGUGCGGCAUUCUGAGCCUCAGGAAGAGAUGAUGGAUGCAGAUGGAGACCAACCACAUGACCUGCUCUGCUUUGAGCAACACCUCCCCGCCUCACCUGGCUUCCCCACCAGUGACAGCUACAUGGAAUACGAUGACCUCCCAGACCUGCAGGAGGUCCAGGAGGAGGCGGAGCCAACAGCACCACCGGUCUACCAGGUGGACGUGGGUGUGUCACACCAGGAGCGACAUGCACACACACAGCCUCCUGACACACACUGGCUGACGCAGCUGGCUCACAUCGCCACUGGACCUCAGAGCCCACUGCUGCAGGAGCCUCUUAACAGCAGCUCCUCUUCAGUCUGCCUCUCCAGCACCAGCAGUAAUCUACAUUCCUACGCUCGGCCUCCUCCUCCUCUCCCCAGCAGCACCUUGUCGCCCCCUAGAGGUCAUGGCAGGGAGCGUCGGCGCAGCAGGAAGAGCAGUGAGUGUGGUUCUGCUGUGUCAACCAGAUCCUCUCUGUCUGACGAUGAAGACAUGGGCUGGAGCUUCUCCUGUCCACCCACCGCCUGGCACUGCUUUCUCAAAGGCACUCACCUGCGUUUCCACCACGGCUCUAAUGUGGAGUGGCAGGAUGUCGAGGACCUGGACUCUGCUGAUGAAGACUCUGGUGAUGAGGAACAAUCCAGGUCUCUGAAGAGUUAUGGCUCUGAGGGUUUGCAGCUUGUGGAACAUUCAGAGAUUGUGCUGUCUGGUCAGACUGUCCUACAGCUGACCUUUGACCCUGGAGCAUUCGGACAUGCUCCCAUGACCGCCCGGUGCCAACUUGACCACCCCUUCUACGUCAAAAACAAAGGUAGGAGUGGUAGGAGAACACUGGAACUGUUAAAAACAUAUCAUCUUAUUUACACUCUGUUUUACUUUUUAUCAGGGUGGUCGUCAUUUCACCCGAGCUUGACCGUGGUGCAUUAUGGGAUACCAUGCUAUGAAAUGGAGGUUGGAGAUGUGUGCCUCCCUCCAGGACACAGAGAUGCCAAACACACCGAUGACUCGCAGGUCUUUGACACAUUUAGGAGUUAUGAUUUCACUCCUCUGGACUCCUCUGCGGUUUACGUGUUGAGCAGUAUGGCCAGGCGGCGGCGUGCGUCCCAGUCCAGCGGGGGAGCUGUUUCUCCAGACAGAGACACAUCACAAGACAGCCACAGUCCAGGUCACUCCCACUCUCCUCAUCAAAAGCCAACCAAAGCCCAGCAAGCCAGCCCAGCAGGAAGUAAUAACGUCACACCCCAAAAGUGCAAGCGGCCAAUGAACGCCUUCAUGCUGUUUGCCAAGAAGUUCAGGGUGGAGUACACACAAAUGUACCCGGGCAAGGACAACAGAGCGAUCAGCGUCCUCCUCGGGGAGCGAUGGAAGAAAAUGCGAAGUGAGGAGCGACGGGCGUUCACAGUGCAAGCCAAAGCCCUCGCAGACGAACAGAAAAGACUCAACCCAGACUGCUGGAAACGCAAACGAACCAACUCUGGUUGUCAGGGAAAUUAAGGCUGCAGACAGGAUGAGAACGACUGGCACAGCCUGCAGGAGUACACACAUGCUCACACACACGCAUUCAGAGGUGACAAGGAAAAGAAGUCUAUGCAUAACUGAAAAUAAUGCUUCAAUAUUAUAUUGUUUUAACAACAGACUUGUCUUGUUCUCCCAAAGUGAGGAUUUAAUUCAGUGUUUUUAAAGAUCCUCAGAGAUCUUGUCACAGUGAACGGAGCAUUGAGCUGCUCCCCAUAAAUGUCACUUCUCUUUCUUUAUCUCAAAAGGUGCUAAAUGUAACAUUUUAAAGUGUACAAUGUUUAUAAUAAUUAUAACAAAUUAUGAAACAUUAGAUUUUAAAGCUGCAGAGCACCGUAGCGUCUCCCUCUAGAGAGAACAUUUUAUUCCAAAUGAAAUUACAAAGCAGGUCAACUGAUGACUGGAGUUCAUCAUCAGAAGAUAUAUUACAGGAAUGUGACAAAAAAUUUAAACAGAGAUUCUGGGUUUUUUUUUUUCAGUUUCUCAUCAUGUGCUUGAAACAGGUGGAAGUUGUGGUGCUGUAGCAUUUUAGGUAAAGUAGAUAAUGUAGCUAUUUUCCCAAAAUUCUAUAUUAUAUACAAAGAAAUAUAUAUUAAGUUCUUUAUUGCCUGUAUUACUUGCAUUUGCACAGUGUAUUGCACAAGACUACAUAUUUUACCUUUGCUUUCAUGUAAAUUAACACGAAAUAUUUAGUUGUUAAACAAAUGUACACCAUAAAUUUUAACUAGUGGUCCUGGGGUUUUACUUUGUUAAACUUGAGAGAGCCAGGCCUUUUGUAGAGACACACGUUAUACCUAACUUCUCCACUUCAUUACAUUUUUUUUUAACUUUUUUUUUUUUUUGUAAAAGGCCUUACUAUUUUCUAAACAUAAAAACCAUUUCAGUUCAGGGGGCAGAGUCCCUUUACUUCUCUGAUAGGCUUUUAUUUUGAAAAAGGAAGUGAUAAGUUUCCCAAAAGAACAGAAAGAAAGACUAAUCGAAUUAAUGCUGUGGGCCUAUUAAGCUCAUUGUAGCACAGGUAUUAGUAAUAGCAUUUUUUAUCUGCCCUUAACUUAUUUGAUGGCUGUUAUUUGAAAAUGUAUGAUAAUUGAUACAAAUUGUCACAAAGGAUAUAAAAGCAUAUGGAUAUGUUACAGAAAAUUGCCACUAUGGCCCAGGCAGCAGGAUGACAUGAGGACUGGAUUUUUGUCAGCCAUCAUCUAAGCUGCUGAAGUGUCCUUGAUUUUAACACCUCUAUGUGCCAUAAUAUUUUUUUUAUAGCUGCGUUUAAUAUAGUAUAGUAUGUUAGUGCUUAAUGAAAGCAACAUUAAUACAGCUGAGGCUUUAUUUCAAAUUUCUGAGAAAAGAUUUAAUGAAAAAAAAAAUCUGCUCUUUGUAUAAAUAAACACGAUUAUUAUCUCAGAAUUUUUAAUAAUUAUUUUUACAAGGAAAAAAAUCUGGUCUUGUUUUUCUGAAUUAACAAGAUUAUUAUCUAUGAGGUUUAUCUAUCCAAUGAGUAGAGAUGGCUUUACUUCAUGUCAAAAAUAGGAAAGACUAUAAAACAAUAUCUAGCCUCUGUUCGGUAGAUAGUAUGCACUCUGAGAAAAUUCAAAACAUUUUGUGGACUAAAAUACUCCAAGUUGUUACGAACAGUGAACUCUUUGCCAUAAACUUUUAAUUUGAUAUUAUGAUAAAAAAAAAACAUAAGGUGUUUUUGUUUUUAAUUAGGAUGUUGUGGACUUGAGCGUGUCUACAUGCACCUUGGAAUAAUUUUGGCAUUCAGUUUUCAUCCAGUCCUUUGGCUCAGAUGAUGGAGGUCUAGAGAAAUGUUUGCUUAUGAUGACAUGCAGUUUGAAACAAAGAGGACUGUUGUAAUAAAGGACUUAAAAAAAUGCCUGUCAAAUAGGCCUGAAAAUGUACUGAUUGUACUAUAAGACAGCUUGAUGUCACACGGACCUUUAAGUCUUUUAAAGUGAAAAUUGGACCCCUGCUUAAAAAUGUUAACACUUAAAAAAAGCCACAGCAUCAUGGCUGUUUUCUAACUAACAGUUAUUUUUAAAAAAUAUCCAGAGCCUUUUUUACUUGAACCAGGUGUAAAUAAAACCCAGCCUCUGUACUGUGACAUUAUCUCAAGUACUGAUUGCAUGUAAACACAACCACUGCAAACAUGAUGAGCAUCAUUUGGACGCUGACAGGGCUGUGAGAAGCCAGAUGUGAUGUGCAGAGUGUGAAGGUAGGAUGGGGAUCUGCUUUGGGUUUAUGUGCUUGAUAUUUUAAAGUAAAAAAAAAAAAAAAAAAAAAAAAAUACUCCCAGGGUGGGCACUCAUAUUCUCACUGCAUAACGAGGUUUAUUUUCAAUGCACUAUAUACACUUUAUCUUAUGUGACUGCUACAGUAUAAUGUGUCAUUACAAAUAUUAAUAUGAUUAUAUAGAAAUAUAUAUUUUUGGUUUUGACUUAAUCUUUGUUAACCUCUUAUGGUGCAUUGAUUAUUUAACACGUGUAUGUCUGAACUAUCAUGUCAUGUACAGGUUGAUCAGGGGAGACAAUGCAAUACAAUGUAUGAUAAUAUAAAUAAAAGCAUGAUAAAUCUGUAAUCCUA